GUUUGCAUGUGUUCUGUCCUUGAUUAUUCUCAAGAAAGCCGAAUGUAGCGAGACUGGAAAUAUGAGCAGUGUUACAGAGAAAUACAAAGCAUGAACUAUAUAUGAAGACCCCAACAUUUGGCAGUUUUGAAGUCUGGCCCGGCCUGUCCCCAAGCAUCCAGUUUGUAGCAGAUUAACCAAGACUCGAACCAUGACUGCAGACCUGAAAGAAGUGCUGAGGAAUACUCUUGAUGAGCUCACUAAAGCAGACUUUAAGAGGUUCAAGUGCCUGCUGCGGGACCAGAACAGUAUCCCAUGGGGAAUGCUGGAGGAGGCAGAUACAGAUGACACUGUGGACUUGAUUGUGCAGAAGUACACGAUGAAAGCUGGGGAGAUCGUGUCGACCAUCUUGAAGAAGAUGAACAGCAACCUGUUGGCCAUGGCCUUGGAGAGUAGGGUGGUCCUUAUUCUAAAAGCUUUGACAGCUUCAAGUGGAGGAACACCCAUGCCACAGCAAGGAGAAGUCCAGCCUGAUCUACAGCCAAUCCUCACAAGUCACAAGCUCAAGAUGAAGGAGAAGGUUCAGUGCAUAUCUAAAAGCAUGGGGAAGAGCGGGAAUGAAAUCCUAGUCAAAAAGAUCCAUACGGAGCUCUACAUUACAGACGGAAAGACUGAAGAAGUGAAUAAUGACCAUGAGAUUUUGCAGGUAGAGACAGCAUCCAGAGCACAAACCACAGAAGAAAGAAGCAUCAGUUGCAAUGACAUAUUCAAGCCCUUACCUGAACGGCAAACUACUAUCAGAACCGUUUUAAUGAUGGGUAUUGCUGGAAUUGGAAAAACAGUCUCAGUCAAAAAGUUCAUCCUAGACUGGGCUGAAGGAGAGGCCAAUGAAGACGUAGACCUUAUGUUUAUGUUAUCUUUCCAGGAGCUGAAUUUGCUAAAGACUGAAUGUAGUUUACACGAGCUCCUGUGUGUGUUCAACUCUGAGCUUAAACAGUUAGAUGGUCAUACAAGUGUGUAUGAUGAGAAGAAAGUAGUGAUUAUCUUUGAUGGUCUGGAUGAGAGCAGACUUAAUUUAGAUUUCAACAACAAGAUCAUGGCCUCUGUUACCAAGGCAUCAUCAGUAGAUGUUUUGAUAACAAACAUUAUUAGAGGCACGCUCCUCUCCACUGCUCUUGUAUGGAUAACUUCUCGACCUGCAGCGGCCAGUCAGAUUCCCUCAUCUUUAAUUGACCAAUUCACUGAAGUUCGUGGAUUCACUGAUGCGCAGAAGAAGCAGUACUUCCUAAAUCAUAUCAAUAAUGAAAUGCAUGCAAAUGACAUUUUUUCACACAUCGAAGCAUCAAGGACUCUUCACAUCAUGUGCCACAUUCCAGUCUUCUGUUACAUUUUGGCCACUGUACUUCAGAAGAUGCUGAAUGAAAAUGCCUCAAAGAAAGAAAUGCCCCAAACUGUAACAGAAAUGUACAUAUUUUUUUUAAUCAUUCAGAUGCAAAGCAAGAAUAAAAAGUAUAAUGGAAAAGAUGAGGAAAAUAAGAAAAGGCUUCUUGAUUCUGAAAGGGAUGCAAUUUUGAAACUAGCUGAACUAGCUUACAGACAUCUGAAGAACAACAGUAUCUUGUUCAUUCCAGAAGACAUGGCUGAGUGUAACAUUGAUGUGAAUGAUGCUUCUUACUCUGGCAUGAUCACUGGCAUUUUUAAGGAAGACUCUUCAAGAUUGUUUGAAGAGAAGAUCUACUGCUUUGUACAUCUGACCAUUCAGGAGUUUUUUGCUGCACUUCAUGUGUUUGCCUCCUUUCUGAAUAAGAAUGAGGAGGUCAUAAAGGAAUUUCUCGGAAAAAAGGCCAUGUCAUGUUCAGUAGAUGAACUGCUGAAGAGUGCAGUGAACAAAGCUUUGGAAAGCAAGAAUGGACACCUUGACUUGUUUGUUCGCUUCCUUCAUGGCAUUUCUCUGGAGUCAAAUCAGAGACUUUUGCUUGGUCUCCUUAAACCCACACACAGCAACCCAGAGAGUGUGGACAAAACAAUUAAAAACCUGAAGGUGAUGCAAAGGCCAAAUAUCUCCCCCGAGAGGUGCAUCAAUCUGUUCCACUGCCUGUUGGAAAUGAAAGAUUCUUCUGUUCAAAAUGAAAUCCAGGCUUUUCUAAAGAAAGACAGCGGUUCAGUAAAACAGCUCACACUAGCCCACUGCUCGGCCUUGGCUAAUGUGCUUCUUAUGUCUAAGACAGUGUUGGAUAAGUUUGAUUUGAAGUCAUACCCAACCUCUACAGAAGGUCGUAGAAGACUGAUACCAGCUGUGAAAUCAUGCAAAAAGGCUCGACUUUCUGACUGUCAACUAACAGAGAAGUCCUGUGAAAUUGUGGCCUCAGCUCUGCAGUCUACAAACUCCCCCUUAACAGAGCUCUACCUGAGCCAGAAUGACUUACAGAAGUCAGAAGAAAAACUUGUGUUUGCUCUACAGAGUCCAAACUGCAAAUUAGAGACACUGAGGCUUGUUGGCUGUGGCCUCAGUGAGAAGUUUGGAGAUAUUUUGGCCUUUGCUUUGCUGUCAGCAAACUCCCACUUGAAAGAGCUGGACCUGAGUAAAAAUACAUUGGGGAGUUGUGGAGGGAAGCAAUUCUCUGAACCGCUGAACAUGCCCUCUAAACUGAAGACACUCAGGCUUGCUGACUGUGGCCUCACUGAGAAUGGUGGGGAUAUUUUGGCCUUUGCUCUGCAGUCAAAAAAGUCCCCCCUCAAAGAACUGGACCUGAGUAAUAAUACUCUUGGCAAUUGUGAAGGAAAGCUGCUCUCUGAAGCGCUGAAUCCACGCUGUACGCUGAAAAAACUCAAACUUGCUGGUUGUAAACUGACGGAGAAAUCCAGUGAGGUUGUAGCAACUGCUCUGCGGUAUAUGGUGUUCCUGACAGAGCUGGACCUGAGUCACAAUGACUUGAAUAUCAUUGGAAUUUACCUUCUGAAAGUAGCGUUAAGCAAUCUCCGCUGUAAACUUCAGAUAUUAAGACUUGCUGGUUGUAAAUUGACAGAAGAAUCCUGUAAGGUGUUAGCCUCUGCUGCACAGUCCUGGGCCUCCCUGGAAGAGCUGGACCUGAUGCAGACGGAAUUCUGCUUUUGCAUUAUGCGUCAAGUGACUCCACCUGUAAGCUGCAGAAGUUAAGGUAUGGAGCUGAAGAACUGAGAAAAUUUGCCUGUGAGCUCGCACUGGACCCGAACACAGCAAACCAGUCUCUCCUUCUCUCUGAGAGCAACAAAAAGGUGACACAUGUGACUGAGAAGUGCCCGUAUCCUGACCACCCCAAGAGAUUUGACGAAUGGCAUCAGGUGCUGUGUCAGGACGGCCUGUCUGAAUGCUACUACUGGGAGACUGAGUGGAGUGGGACUGGGGCUGAUAUAGGAGUGGCAUAUGAAUCCAUAGAAAGGAAAGGAACAAGGGAUGUCUGUGGGUUUAGACGUAAUGACAAGUCCUGGUGUCUUAGUUGCUCGGGUAAGAGCUACUCUGCUUGGCAUAAUAAUGAGGAAACUGCUCUAGGUGCUCCCGACUCCGGCUCCAAUAGAGUAGGAUUGUACCUUGACUGGCCAGCUGGUACUCUGUCCUUCUACAGUGUUUCCUCUGACACCUCCUCUCCCACUUUCCUCUCCCACCUGCACACAUUUCACCUCACUUUCAAUGAGCCCCUUUAUCCUGGGUUUAGGGUUAAGGCUGACUCCUCAGUAUACCUGUGUGAGAUGACACAGCCUCCUAAUCCUAAUUAAUGUGCAUUUUGACUAGGGCUGUCAAAAUAACUGAUUCAUUUCGAUUAAUUAAUUUGAGAAAAAAAUAACUGAUUAAAAAAAA